AUGGAGGAAUGGUGUGAGUCAAUGCCAAAGGUUGAACUGCAUGCUCAUCUCAAUGGAUCCAUCAGAGUUAAAACACUCCUAGAACUUGCCAAGGCUUUGAAUGAAACUCAAACGGAUGCGAUAAAUUUCUCUCAAAUGAAACAUGUCAUCAUGAAAAAAGUUCUUUCAUUGACAGAAGUAUUCCAUAUGUUUGAUCUAAUUCACAAUGUUAUUACUGAUCAUAACAUUCUUACAAGAAUCACAAAAGAGGUGAUUGAGGAUUUUGCAUCUGAUAAUGUUGUUUAUUUGGAGUUGAGGACUACUCCAAAGAGAAAUGAUUCGAUUGGAAUGAGCAAAAGCUCGUACAUUGACGCUGUAAUCGAAGGUCUAAAAUCAGUUAGUUCAGUUGAUGUCGAUUUCAUUCCAAAGACAGAAGAUUCUAACAGUUUUAUCAAUGAUAAGUACAAUGGGAAUUCGAGAAAAAGAAUCAUUGUUAGGCUUAUCUUGAGCAUCGACCGCAGAGAAACAACGGAAGCCGCUAUGGAAACUGUUAAGCUUGCGUUGGAAAUGAGGCAUUUCGGCGUAGUUGGAAUUGAUCUCUCUGGAAAUCCGAAAACCGGUGAUUGGACUACAUAUUUACCGGCACUGAAAUUCGCGAGAGAACAAGGCCUUAAUGUAACACUUCACUGCGGAGAGAUACGAAAUCCGAAGGAGAUAAAGAACAUGCUGGACUUUCAUCCCCAAAGGAUUGGACAUGCUUGUUUCUUUGAGGAGGAGCAUUGGAGAAGGAUGAAAUCUUCUAAAAUUCCGGUUGAAAUUUGUUUGACAUCAAACAUAAGGACAUUCUCUGUUGCAUCUAUAGAUGUUCACCAUUUUGGUUAUUUGUACAAGGCAAAGUAUCCUUUAGUCCUAUGUACUGAUGACACAUGUGUAUUCAGUACAAGUCUCUCCAAAGAAUACAAAUAUGCUGCUGAUUCAUUUGGAUUGGGAAAGUGGGACAUGUUUGAACUAUCAAGGAAUGCUGUGGAGCAUAUAUUUGCAGAUAAUGGAGUGAAGAAUGAUUUAAGAAAAUAUUUUAAUUCAGUGUCAAAGAAUAUGGAAGUGUAG